CCGCACGGCAACUUCUCAUGCACCGCGCCAUUGACUUAUUCCCAACAUGGAUUUUAAUCACAAGAGGGCGCACUACACGACGGAUGAUGAGAAAAAGCAAAAGACGAGUUGCGAAAAAGGGAAGAACACCGUGCUUGAAAGUCUAAAGAUGGGGGUCUUGGGUAUGUGCCUAAAAAUCUGUGGUUGGUUUCCAGUUCUUUUCAUAAGUGCUGUUAUCGUCUGGUCCUACUAUGCAUACGUCGUCGAAUUAUGUAUUUUUAUCCUGAUUGACAGAAGUAUACCACUGUUCCUUCUGUAUUUAGUUCUGUACCAUGCAUUCUUGGUUAUGUUUCUAUGGGCAUACUGGAGAGCAGUAUGGACACCAGUCGCACGGGCUCCCUCAGAGUUCCAGUUAACGAGCUCUGAGCUUCAGCAGUAUGAAGCUGAGGAUCGAAGUGUGGAGAAGAUUGAGAUUCUGAAACAGAUUGCCAGAGACAAGCGACUACCAGUCUUCACACGCACAUACGGAGGAGGUAUGAGAUUCUGCGGGAUUUGUAAAAUCAUCAAACCGGACCGAUGUCACCAUUGCUCAGUGUGCAACACGUGUGUUCUCAAGAUGGAUCACCACUGUCCGUGGGUCAACAACUGCGUCUGUUUUAGCAACUACAAGUUCUUUGUCCUCUUCUUGUUCUACACAGUACUCUAUUGUCUUUUUGUGUCGCUCAGUGUUCUACCGUUCUUCAUACAGUUCUGGCAGAAUAUCCUGGACCGGGUCGUAGGUGGCUUCAACGUCAUGUUCUUGUUUAUAGUUUCCCUGGUGUUCAGCCUCAGUGUGACGGUCCUCUGCAUAGUGCACACACGCCUCGUUGCCAACAACUGGUCCACCCUAGAGUCAUUCCGACCCCCGGUCUUCCGUCACGGCCCGGACAAGGAAGGGUUCAGCCGGGGAAGUUUCUGUAAUAACUUCAAGGAAGUCUUCGGAUAUCAAAAGAAAUACUGGCUGCUUCCUAUAUUCACCAGCAAUGGUGAUGGGGUGACGUAUCCCAUCCAAGCCAGGGACCAAGAUUCAGAUCGUCUUCUAGAUGGAGAUGUUGAGAGUGACAUCGGCAGCGGCCCAGAAACUGAAGACAAGGGAGCAGGUAAGAAAGGUAUAAGAGAUAGCAUUAAGACCAGCCCAUCGUACUCUACCAUGGCUACGGGUGGUGCAGCUGGAGGCGGGGAUCAUGUUGCUCUGCAUAUGGAUCCAGAUGAAGGUGCACAGAUCAAUUUAGGAGUUGACGGCGAAUUACAAAGAUAAACAUCUCCUUGAGUUCAACAACAUCUUUUUUUUUUAAUGGUAUGUAGAGUAAGUAGGAUUAAGGAUUAAAACUAAUUUCAAGGCUUUUCGUGUGUCCCAGUAUGAAAGAAGAAACACCCUUUCAGAUGCCUGACAUGUUCAAGUAUUUUAAUGAGAAAUGACAUCUUUCGCAAAAACUAUUUUACUUCAGAGCGAGUCGUCCCAACAUGUUUUAUGCUAUCAACAGCUCUCCGUUGCUUGUUGCCAAGUGAGUUUUUUAUGCUGGUAUAUAUUUUAGGUAAUUACCAACUGCGUCUAGCCUUUAAUCUAGGCAAAAUGCUUUCUUCCGUUUUGGGGUUAGCAUUUUCUUUUAAGAUUAUAUAUGGAAAAUGCUUUAGGUGUAAACAAAAAAAUUGUGUUUGUUUUUUAAACUUAAAAACAGUUCAAUGCUAAUAAUUAUGAAGGGUUUAUUCUUGUAAACAUUAUGUAAAAAUAGUUAAAGACCUGACAUUUCAAUUCUAGCCGAGUCUUUUAUUGAAGCUAAACUGGCAACACACCACACAUAAACAAGGGUACUAGUUAUGAUUUAUAAACAUAUUAUAAUGAACACUACUACAAACAAUCCGGUGAAAAAAACUUUUAAAAGGGUUGUGAUACCUUUUGUAGAUCAGGUUUUUUGGGAAUGACAUGAAUCCCUAC